CUUCAAAAACCACGACGUCCUGGAACAAUCAUCACUCUAGGUUCAGUUCGUUCGCCUAGUCAACGGCUUCAAACUCGUAAAUUCCAUCAUGUCUACGGGUCAAAACCUUCACGUCGGAAUCGUGGGCGCCGGCAUCGGCGGUCUGGCCGCUGCCAUUGCCUUGCGGAGAGUCGGAGCGCAAGUCACAGUGCUUGAGUCGGCAGCCCAGCUUGGCGAGAUCGGAGCUGGCAUUCAGAUGACACCCAACGUCUCUGUCCUUCUUCAACGAUGGGGUGUAGACAAGGUCAUUGGCGACAAUCUCGUCCAGUUCGAGGAACUCAACAUGCGUCGUAAAGACGGCACGCGUGUUGGAUACACCAAGAUCGCGACCUUGGAAGAGUCUCUUGGGCGCCCGUGGUGGGUCGUUCACAGGGCUCAUCUGCACGAGGGCCUAGCGAAGAUUGCCCAAGACCUGGGAGCCAAGAUCUUCAUCGACUCCGCCGUCGCCAGCAUGGAUCCCGAGAGCAUGAAGGGCGUCACUGUGCGAACUCAUAAAGGGAAGACUUAUACGUUUGACUUCCUUGUCGGAGCCGACGGCAUCAACAGCAUCACAAGAAGAUCCCUGUUCCCAGACGUGGCCCCUGAGCCUCCAACCACCAACUGUGCCUAUCGUGCUCUGGUGCCCUACGACCAGAUUCGCAAGGACCCGGCCGCGAGAGAGCUGAUCGAGAAGCUCACCAUGGAGGUUUGGAUGGCGGACAACGCCUACAUCAUCACGUAUCCGAUCAACGCAGGCAAGAUGUUCAACUUGGUGCUUUCGCAUCACCGUUCCGAGAAGCUGCGGGCGACACAAGCCGAUGUCCCGAUCGAGGAGUUGCGAAAUGAAUACAAAGACUUCGAUCCUCGCAUCAAGCGUAUUGUUGAUAUGAUUGACAGCACGUCUCGCUGGCCAUUGAUGAUGACGGGACCCAUGAAGUCCUGGUCCUCCCGCCGCAAGAAUGUCGUCCUCAUGGGAGAUGCAGCGCACUCCAUGGUCAACCACAUGGCGCAAGGGGCCGCUACGUCGAUGGAAGACGGCGCCUUUCUUGCGCGUUGCAUCGGCAAGGUGGUGGAGGGCCAGAUCCGUCUGGACGAGGCCGUGCGCAUCUACGAGGAGGAGCGUAUGCCCAAAGCCUACGCCAAGCAGCAGGUCUCCUUUAUCAACGGCGCCAUCUGGCACUUGCCGGAUGGCCCGGAGCAGCAGGCGCGUGACAAGGCCAUGGAGGCCGAGCUCCAGGGGAAGUACUAUGUCCGAAGCAGUAACCUGUACGGGGAUCCCCAAACCGUUCUGGAGGUGUAUGGAUACGAUGCGGAGGUCCAUGCCGACACCGCGGUAGCCACGUAUCUGAACGGUGGCCGGGAGCCUUUCGAUCCGGACACGGGUGUGGUCAAGUCUCUGCAAGACAAGUACAUGGACUGGUUCCGACCCUCCAAGAGUGCCCAGCCUACGUCCAAGUUGUAAAUACAUGUACUCUUUGGAAGCCAUAGUUUAAAUACA